UUGAACGAUUACUUAGUAAAGUGGAGGUAAUAAAUUAAGCGCGCCCUAGGAUGUGAAGUGCGUCGGUGUCAGCAGUAAACUUUGCUUAUGCUCAAACACAAGCCAGAUACUUCUCAAAUAAUGACUGUCCAAAAUUUAGAAACGUUUGACAAUAAAGGUGGAGAAACUAUGCAAAAUAUUGGUGACAAUGCGACCAGUAGUGCUCAGCAACCCUUGACUAGCAAAAACGGACAUAUUAGUUUUAGUGUAGCGUCCCUGUUGGCCGAUACGAGGCCGGUAAAACAAAAUAGUCCCCCGGUAAAUGAAGUUGCAGCGCCGAGUAGUCCCAAUAAUUUAACAUCGGAUGAAGAAUACGAUUCGAAUCAAGAGGAGGAUUCGAUAGUUGACGUUGAAGACUUAAACGCGGAUCAGCAAUCUAACGACAGUCGAAAUAAAGAUGAGGAUGCUAUCCCGAAUCAGAGGACUUUUCAAAAAGAUGGGAUGCUGGGACAAGGUCCUAUUAGACCGACACCGUUUUCCGCGUUGGCAGCCGUAUACCAAGCGGCUCAUCAAAAUUGGUCCCAGCAAGGACUUGUGGGGCCAUUUGGUGGACCCGGAACGGUUUUUCAAGGGGGCGCACCUUUUGGAUUGCCUGCAAUGAAUUCCGUUGACUCCAAUGGCGAAGGUCCGAAGCUGAAAUGCAACCUGAGGAAGCACAAGCCGAACCGAAAACCAAGAACUCCUUUCACAACGCAACAACUGCUAGCUUUAGAAAAGAAAUUCAGAGACAAGCAGUAUCUUAGUAUAGCCGAAAGAGCGGAGUUUUCGAACUCGUUGCGACUGACUGAGACGCAGGUGAAAAUAUGGUUUCAAAAUCGCCGAGCCAAAGCGAAACGCCUCCAAGAAGCAGAAUUGGAGAAGCUGAAAAUGGCGUCCUUAACACGCCACCCGCAUCCCCUGUACCCCCACCCAGCCCUGCAGGGUUAUUUCGCAUCGGGGGCUCAUCCGUUGGCUUCUUUAUUAAGUGCGAGGCCCCCUAUGGGUCCCCUGAGUCUCAUUCCUCAGGCGCCACCUCCCGUGCCCUCCGCUCCACAUUUGACGGCUUCGCCACAAGGAUGUGUUCGGACCCCCAGCCCCCGAAUGUCCUAAAUUGCGAGUUUAACGUUUUUAUUGUACAGUUUGUCUUUGAGGUUGGUAAGAAAUUCUACAGAACGACAAACAGGGUUCGAAAACGAAAAAGUUUAUGCAAUUUGCAACACCCAUUUUCUUAAAGACUUUUUGAAUAUGUUUUUUAAGUGUUUGUUGACGCUUUUACAUUUCUCCAAAUUGUUGUUAUAUAGAAUUUCGCAAAUAUUACCAGGAAUGUUGAAAUAGUCACAAAAUAUGCGGGAAAGCAAUAAUUACUGUGCAUUAAAUUUAUUUUCCCAUA